AAUGGAAUCUCUCAUCGGCUUAAAGGGCAAAGAUUAUGUCGUUCUUGCGGCCGAUACCAUGAUGGCCGAUGCCAUAUUCUUUUUGAGGGACAAUUGCUCAAAGGUGCGCGCCCUUUCUGGCAAUUGCAUGAUGGGCGUGAUUGGCAAUGAGGGCGACACAGCGAAGUUUGCGGAUUAUAUUGCGGCUCGUGUUUCGCUCUACGAAAUCAUGAACGGCUAUGCCAUGGAUACGUCGGCAAUCAUACACAUUGCGCGCCAGCAUUUGCUGUCGUGCCUGGCCAGUCGGAUCAAAUUUGUGGUCGCGAUGCUCAUUGGCUGCUUCGAUACGAAAAAGGGAUACAAUUUGUGUUUGAUCGAUUUUCAGGGCGCAUCACACUUCCUCAACUAUUCCGGACUAGGCGUUGGUCACUCAAUAUCCUUGAGCAUUUUCCACACGAUGUGGAAGCCCGACCUCAGCAUCGAAGAUGGACUGACUAUAAUACGUAGGUGUUUAAAAGAGGUCAAGACUCGUUUGGUAAUCAAUUUGCGUCAUUUCGAGAUCUUUGUGCUGGACAAGCACGGUGUACGUAAGCUGGAACCGUCAGGCAACCCACCAGUAUUAGAUCGGAUAUUUCCCCAGCGACUAAUCCCCGAUCCGUUCAUAUGA